AUGUCAACCGCAUAUUUGGGUCAACGUCCGUCAGCCGAAUUCCCGCGCUCCGCUCGUCUCGUCUAUCCUUCAUUUCCUGCGAAUUUGGGCAUGUUUAUUGUGCUGCUGCACCUAGAGAUUUUUAUUCUACUUGUAUAUUACGCGAAGAAGAAGCGGAGAGCGCAACAGUACCUGGGCGAGGAUGGCUCGCACAAGAAGGAGCGGAAGCUGUACAACGACGGCUACGACGACGACAAUCAUGAUUACAUUAUCAAGCAGGGCGAAAAGUUCCUCGAUCGGUACGAGAUCUCAUCACCAAUCGGGAAGGGAUCGUUUGGACAGGUUGUGAAAGCGUAUGACCACGAGGAGCAGUGUCAAGUAGCAAUUAAAAUAAUUAAGAAUAAGAAACCUUUCCUAAACCAGGCACAAAUAGAAGUCAAGUUACUAGAAAUGAUGAACAGGGCAGAUGCCGAAAAUAAGUAUUAUAUAGUAAAACUGAAACGUCACUUUAUGUGGCGGAAACACUUGUGCCUAGUGUUCGAGCUGUUGUCGUAUAACUUAUACGACCUGCUGCGCAACACGAACUUCCGCGGCGUGUCGCUGAACCUCACGCGCAAGUUCGCGCAGCAGCUGUGCACAGCGUUACUGUUCCUUAGUCAACCUGAACUAAAUAUAAUUCACUGUGAUCUUAAACCCGAGAAUAUACUACUAUGCAACCCGAAGAGGUCAGCAAUCAAGAUUGUCGACUUCGGGAGUUCGUGUCAACUAGGUCAAAGGAUAUACCAAUAUAUACAGUCAAGGUUCUACAGGUCGCCAGAAGUGUUAUUAGGGGUCCCGUACGACUUGGCGAUAGACAUGUGGUCGUUGGGUUGUAUCCUCGUGGAAAUGCACACGGGCGAGCCGCUUUUCAGCGGUGCCAACGAAGUGGAUCAGAUGAACAAAAUCGUGGAGGUGCUGGGCAUGCCGCCCGACCAUUUGCUGGAUCAGGCUCACAAAACUAGGAAGUUUUUCGACAAAUUACCAGCAGCGGAAGGCGGUGGCUACGUAUUAAAAAAGGUCAAUGGAAAAGAUGGCAGAAUACGACCCAAAGCAGCGGGUGACGCCUUAUUACGCCCUACAACACAACUUCUUCAAGCGGACGGCGGACGAAUCCACGAAUACGCAACAAGCGCAGUCGCAUCACCAACACGGUAUAUACAGCGAAACUAUAUUGUUAACGAGAGAUCACCCAUCAUGGCCGCCGCCGUCGCGUUGUCGCCGCCCGAUACCCCGGCCGACGAAUUUCGUCAAAUAUCGGGUGCUCUCGCGGAGGCACGCGGUGUGGGCGUAGUGGGCGGCGUCGGGCGGCGCUGGGGUGGCGAGCGCAUGGACGUAGAAGCGGCGCGGCGGGACGAAGACUUGCUGCCCGUCUGCUCGCUGGCACACUCGCCCGUCGCCAUUCACUAG